AUGGAGCCGCUGACCUUGCCUUCCGGCAGCGCCGCGGCAGUGGACGAGUACCUGGAGUACCGGAGAAUUGUCGGUGAGGACGAUGGAGGGAAACUUUUUACUCCUGAAGAAUAUGAAGAAUACAAAAAAAGAGUAUUACCUAUGCGCUUACAGAACAGAUUAUUUGUGAGCUGGCGGUCACCAACUGGAAUGGAUUGUAAGCUUGUGGGUCCAGAGACAUUGUGUUUUUGUACACAUAGGUAUAAGCAACAUAAAACUGACUUUGAAACGAUUCCACAGCAACGCCCCAUCAGUCUCCCUUGCCGAGUGAGGGGCUGCGCGUGCAGGGCGUACCUUUACGUCCCUCUGAACGGCGCGCAGCCCAUUCGCUGCAGGUGCAAGCACUUUGCGGAUCAACACAGCGCUGCGUCCGGCUUUCUAUGCAAUGCCUGUUCCAAGUGUUCGGGAUUCCAUAGUUGCUUCACUUGUGCUUGUGGUCAGCCUGCAUAUGCUCAUGACACAGUCGUGGAAACUAAGCAAGAAAGACUGGCUCAGGAAAAGCCAGUGGGACAGGAUGUCCCUUAUGCAGCGAUGGGAGGCUUAACAGGCUUCAGCUCACUGGCAGAAGGCUAUUUGCGAUUAGAUGACAGUGGGAUUGGUGCACCUUCGAUUGAAUUAUUAGAUUCUCCAGCUACAGCCAUGGACCACCCAUUUCUAAAAGCAUUUCAAACAUCAUCUAGUUCUUCUCCACUGACAGAUGUAGGUACAAGUAGUCAAGUUUCUUCCUUAAAGAGACCUGAAGAGGAUGAUAUGGCUUUCUUUGAAAGACGAUACCAAGAAAGGAUAAAAAUGGAAAAGGUUGCUAAGCAGAAAGGAAAAGCACCCUUGCCAUCAAGUACAAAACCUUCAUGA